GCUCUGGCUGCGGUUCCGCCCGGGCAGGCGCGAGGGGCGGCGGACGCGGAGGCCCCGGAGGAUGCGGAGCCCCUGCCCGGCCUGGCCCCGAGCACAUGAUGGCGAUCCGGGAGCUCAAAGUGUGUCUUCUGGGGGAUACUGGUGUUGGGAAAUCAAGUAUAGUGUGUCGAUUUGUCCAGGAUCACUUUGACCACAACAUCAGCCCGACCAUUGGGGCAUCUUUUAUGACCAAAACUGUGCCUUGUGGAAAUGAACUCCAUAAGUUCCUCAUCUGGGACACUGCUGGUCAGGAACGGUUUCACUCGCUGGCUCCAAUGUACUAUCGCGGAUCUGCUGCCGCCGUCAUAGUGUACGAUAUCACCAAACAGGAUUCAUUUCAUACCUUGAAGAAGUGGGUGAAAGAACUGAAAGAACAUGGCCCAGAAAACAUUGUAAUGGCCAUUGCUGGGAACAAGUGUGAUCUCUCAGACAUUCGAGAAGUUCCCCUGAAGGAUGCUAAGGAAUAUGCUGAAUCCAUAGGUGCUAUUGUGGUUGAAACAAGUGCAAAAAAUGCUAUUAAUAUCGAAGAGCUCUUUCAAGGAAUCAGUCGUCAGAUCCCACCCUUGGACCCUCAUGAAAAUGGAAACAAUGGUGCCAUAAGACUGGGGAAUCAAAUCUCACCAACCAGGCGUCGUUGCUGCUGACCCGGGGCUAGGGCUUGUACUUGAAGCCAAACCAACUUCCCCAUGCACAGCCCAGGCAUCUCCCAGGGCUGGUGGCCUGGCUCCCCACUCAGAGAGAGACAAGCCCAUGGGGCUUUGCAUCCUGGAAGACCCCCCCAGGGAACAGGGAAGGAAAUGCCCCUAUAAAAAUGAAAUGUAGAAAACUGGGGAAAACUCCACCAGCCACAAAGUGACCUUUAGUGUGUUAGAUGUACUCACAAGAGCGUUGAUAUUAGCUAAAUAGUAAAGUCUAGGUCUUUUGUUAAAAAUCUUUAAAUAUUCUUAAAUUUGUACAAAAGGGUUUUCCUGGGUUUUGUAUCAGACUAAAAUAGUCUUUUUGAUUUCUUGUUUCUUAGCAAAAUUUUAAUUACUUUUCCAGUGUCACUGCCUUUGAUUCGAUACCUUACCAGCCUGCACUACAAGGUUGCUUUAAUCUGAUUUACCGUUCAGUGAGAUGUAAUUGGACCAUCAUUUAAGUUAUGGACUCGAAGAGAUAAACUAUUACAGAUGUGGAGAAUGGUGUCCUAGACAUGUCCACAUCUCUGACUCUUUAUGUACUUUCUUCUAAGUUGUGAUUAUGUAUGAACAGAUACAACCUGACUCAAAUCCUAUAUGUAAUUUUGAGAUUGGGGGCCUUGUUAGAAGAAACAUCUAAAUGGAUUCAUCUAUGUGAGUAGUGAGUGACAGAUGUGUGAUAUAAACAUGAUUCUAGAGGUUGCCUGGCACACACCCCUUCCUCUCAGUGAAUUAGUCACAGAGUUUUGUUUUCCUAAGACGUAUCAGUGUCGAAUGUAGAGAGGAAAUACUAAUUGGAAGAGGUUUGCAUCUAAAUUAUAGAGCCAAUUUCUAGCAAUAGUGAUUUAAUCAUAGAUCAUAGUUAAACUAUCCAACAGAAAUACCAGUACCUAACGUUGUAAACUCUAAAAUUAAAAAAUAAAAAAUUUUGUUCGGAAAUACCAAGUUUGGGGAAGUAGAUAUCAGGACUAAUAAGAGAUCCAGUUGUAGACUGCCAACUAAAACAGUCUGACAAAACCUUUAAAUUUUCUAUAUUUUGCUUAAAAUUUUUGAAUCCAAAAGAAAAGAGAAAAAGCAAAGGAGAGAAGGGGUUUCCAGUUAUAAUUCAAAUCCUAUGACCAUGACUACCUUCAGAAAAUCUGGGGUCAAGAAGCAGUAUAUUUCCUUUCUAUUAGAGCUUGUAUUAGAAAAAGGUUCCUACGGUGUACUUGGAUCUUUUGUGAAGAAAAAAAAACUGCAGAAGAAUUCCUCUGAAAAAGUGACUCACAGAAAGUGAUGGCAGAGCCAAAAGGAAAUUUCUUUGCCAGGAGCAUUCAAGGGCCAGCACACACUGACUGGAAUCCUAUAAUACAAACACCAGCAAAGGGACUGGGAGCUGAUUAAAGACCUGGCAUUUUCAUAACUCGACUGGUGCUUCAGAGUAAAACUACGCCCAUCAUUAAUCAAGUCCACCAACUACCAAAAUCCAGAUUACUUGGUGAUACUGAGGCCAAUUUCACACUCCUACAUGUGGACUGCUCUCAAGAAAACAUUCAGGUAGAAAUCACAGACUUGGGUUUUUUAAUUAAAGUCUAUACUAUCAAUUUGAUCCUAGUCCAACUUCAACCAACCUCCAGCAUUUUGAUAAUAUUAGAAUGUGAAGGCCAGAAACAUAGUUUUAUUUCAAAAGUUUCACUUAGAGCUCCCUGACAGGUACCUCAAAAACUAUUAGCAGCAAGUAUUUGGGUGAUCUUGGAAGGACCUUUGCUGGAAUGUUUUAGCAUUUUUCUCCCCUUUAUCAAUAUGACUGACUAACAGGAUUCUGCUUGCAGGUCAAGCAAUUCUCACAUCUCUAUAGUUUAAAAAAUAGGCUUUGAAAAAUAAAAUAUCAUCUUUCCAAGAGACAACCCUGGCUUGUUUUGGAACCUUUCUCAAUGUUUGAGAACCUGAGUUUUUCUCUAGAUUGCCCAACUGAGGUAGUAUAUGUUCUUGCAACUUUGAAGCUCUGAUCUGGCACUUCAGUGUUUGUUUCUGGCCUGCAAAUCUGAUCUUAGUUCCAUCUCAUAAUGAACCCAUGGUUUUAUUUCAUAAAUGCAGGAGUUGUUAACUUCUUUUUGACCUUUAUGUACCUCCUAAUUACUCAAGCUAGUCACAGGACUUUACAUACUACUUGGAGCCAUUGAUGAAGGGAGAUUAGAGGCACUUGGGCACAGUUCACAGAAACAUGUAGUCUUGGCUGAAGACACACUGGAGCUUUGUCCACAGUGAAACUGCUGCUUCCUUUUUUAAAAAUCUUUCUUAAUGUUGCCGUCAGAUGACUUUUUGGCUGUUCUAAGAAUUGAGUCAUAAACACCUAAUGUUACAGAAAGGCUCGAAAAGGACUGUUGGUUCAAAAUGUCAAGGAGUUUCUUAUACUAGUGGCAGUCUUCCUAUUAUUUUUCAAGACUUGCCUCUUCCCCUUUUUCCUUGCUUUUCCUGUGUAGUACGUGAGGAGAUGUGUGUAAAAAUGGUUUUUUAUUUGUUAGGCAAUCAUGACAUUCAUUUCACACACCCAGACUGCCACAUGUCUAUGUUGUGUCACAUGAUGGCUUUUCAUGGGGAUUAUUCCUCAGUGGAAUUCUCUAGGGUUACAGUAGAAUCAUGCAAAUAAUUAUUGUGAGUAGGUCAUUUGCCUCCAAUUUUUCAGUUGAAAAUAUUACAUUAGAGUGAUUACUAUGAUGCAGCCUUGCAGACUAUAGGAGGUUGAAGACCUAAGCAAACCCUUAGGUAUCAUGAGAACUGUAUCUCCCUAAAGAGUUGAAUUCACUUGCUAAGAAAUUUGGCAGACGGAAGUAUCUUCUCUGAAAUCAAGGACUGUGGCACAUGAGGACUGAAAUGGAGCGACUUCCACAUCUCUUUGCGCUGCAGUGCUUGUAGUGAGUUGGUUAGAAUUGGCGUAGCAACAGAAGGAUCCACGAACCUCUUGCUCUAUGCUCUGAACCAUCAUUGUGGAAACCAGUGUUGAUUCAAUGUCAGUGCUCUGUUGUGGAAACCAUUCCCUUUUAUUGGUUUUUUUUCUAAAGGGCUUUUGUCUGGGCUGGACCCAGUUCUUGCAUAUAGAAGACCUUGCCACACUUAGUGCCUUUCCCAUUUAUACUCUGUACUCAAGCAUUGCCCUCGACAACACCCAAUUGUAUCUGUCAUUUUGGGUUUAACACACUGAUUCAUACUAAUAAAUACUUUAAGUUUUACCAA